AUGCGCGUCUGGGACAUCUGCGAUGGGGCUGCGGGCCUUAGGCGGGCCCGAUGCCGGUACCGGGCGGUGGCCAAGAAGGCCAACGUCAUCCUGGCCUAUGUCAGGAAUACUGUGGCCAGCAGGAGCAGGGAAGUGAUUGUGCCCCUUCACUCAGCACAGGUGUACCACCUGCCCAGAAACAUGUCCUGCUACAACAGGUGCCUGCCAUGCUGGCCCUGCGGCCCAACCCCACUGGCCAACAGCUGCCAUGAGCCCUGUGUCAGGAAGCCUUCCACUGUUGCCAACGAGCCCUCUCACGUGGUGUUCAUUCUUCCUGGCCGCAUCCUCAGCUCCUUCCCGCAGAACACUGCUGUGGGCUCCUCCACCUCUGCUGCUCUUGGCAGCAUCCUCAGCUGUGGUGGCAGUAGGCAGCAGAUCAGGAUCAACAGAGGCCGAGUCAGAGGACUCGUAUGCCAGCGGAUUCAGCCCCACCUCCAGCACAUCAGCAAGCAGGUCUUCCUAGGUGAUUCAGCCUUGGAAUCUAAUCCAUCUGAUCAUCCCAGAGCAAGCACAAUCUUCCUAGAGAAAUCUCAAACCGAUGUGCAAGAGAAAAUGAAGAACUGUAUCAACCGAAUUUCUCCUGGGCAGCUUGCAGAAAUAUACACCUCACGCUCAACAAUAUUUGCAGACAGCUGCACAGUCAGUCAACCUAACCUCAGAAGCACAACAAAGUGGACAUUACCAAUAGACUACCAUGAAAAGGACAGAGAUUCAGAGACAGGAUUGGAUCUUUCUGAGGAAAAAUCUCAUCCUCUCCCACAGGAAGAAGUUCAUGGCUACUACAGGCGUAGCGCUGAUCACAAGCGCAUCACCUGGUUGGUUCAGACCCGUUUCAGUGCUUCCCAGUUGAAGAUGCAUUUGGUGUACUUGGAAAGGCUAUCAGCCUAUAUAGAGAUUGAAAUACGCCCUGCUAGCUGUAAGGAGAAAGUCCAAGGAGCUAGAACGCUGGCUUCUAAAGCAGGGAUCAUAGAAUCACAGAAUG